GUGAUUGAUAGAGUGACGACAAUUAUGUAACAAGCAGUGACAAGUUGAGUCCACUGGGAUGAGGCACAGGCUUUUCAGGCUGCGACUCCAUCAAGGUGCCUCACUGAAACAUUCAACACUGGUUGUUUUCCCAGAACUCAGCUUGCUAAAAUGCUCAGCAGGAAGAAAUGUUUGUUUCUUGUAUUUCUUGGAUUUUUGUCGGCUGGAUUGGGCACUGCAGUCAAAGAAGAAGAACCAACUUGUAGGUUGCUGGGCAAAUUUGAUCUGAAUGGGUAUGUAGAUGCCAAAAACCACUCCAUCGUUAUUGGAGGACUGUUCCCUAUUCACUGCUUCUUUCUGUGCAUUAAGAAAGCACUACUGCAGCCUUUGAAAGAAAUGUGCGAGAGGUUUAAUUUCCGGGGAUUCCGCUGGAUGAAAACCAUGAUACACACCCUCAAGGAGAUUAAUGAAAGGAAGGACAUUUUGCCCAAUACCACUCUGGGUUAUCAGAUCUUUGAUACGUGUUUCACUGUCUCCAAAACAAUGGAAUCAGCAUUGGUAUUACUAACAGGGCAAGAAGAAAAUAAACCCAACUUCAGAAACAGCACAGGAGCCAAUCUGGCAGGAAUUAUUGGGUCAGGAGGAUCGUCCUUAUCAAUUGCUGCUUCAAGAAUUCUAGGUUUGUUUUAUUUUGCUCAGGUAGGCUAUGCCUCUACCAGCUCAAUCCUUAGUGACAAAUACCAAUUUCCAUCUUAUGUUCGCACGGCUCCCAGUGAUAAUUUCCAGUCGGUGGCCAUGGUAAAACUUAUCCAACACUUUGGCUGGGUCUGGAUAGGCACUAUAGCAGCUGAUGAUGAUUAUGGCAAAUAUGGAGUGAAGGUUUUUAAGGAAAAUAUGGGGACUGCCAACCUGUGUAUUGCAUUCUCUGAAAUCCUUCCCAAAGUCUACUCCCAUGAGAAGAUGCAAAAAGCUGUUGAUGCCGUAAGGAGUUCCACUGCCAAAGUCAUUGUGCUUUAUACGUCCGAUAUUGACCUCCAUCCUUUUGUGCUGGAAAUGGUUUACCAUAACAUAACUGACAGAACAUGGAUAGCAAGCGAAGCAUGGAUCACCUCAGCUUUCAUUGCAAAGCCUGAAUAUUUCCCAUAUUUUGGUGGGAGUAUUGGAUUCGCAAUACCAAGAAGUGAUAUACCAGGAUUAAAGGAAUUCCUCUAUGAUGUGCAUCCCAGCAGGGAUCCAGAUGACGUCCUGACCAUUGAAUUCUGGCAAACUGCCUUUAACUGUACUUGGCCCAAUAGCAGUGUCCCUUACAAUGUUGACCACAGAGUGAAUAUGACUGGUAAAGAUGACAGAUUGCAUGCCAUGUCGGAUAAACUGUGCACUGGAGAGGAGAAGUUAGAGGAGCUUAACAAUACCUACCUGGAUGUGUCUCAGCUGAGAAUUACAAACAAUGUCAGACAAGCUGUGUAUGCUAUGGCUUAUGCCUUGGAUCAUCUAAGCUUGUGUGAAGAGGGACAGGGACCAUUUAUUCCAGGGCAUUACUGUGCAAAUAUUUCUGAUUUUCAGCCUUGGCAGCUCAUGUUUUAUUUGAAGACAGUCAUGUUCACAACCCAUGAUGGAAGGAAAAUAGAAUUUGACACAAAUGGCGAUGUGGUGGGAUACUAUGAUAUUCUAAAUUGGCAACUAGAUGAUAAUGGAGACAUUGCCUUUGUGAAGGUUGGACAAUAUGUCUAUACAAAGUCUAAGAAUGAACUCAUCAUCAGCAAUAAUUCAGCAAUAUUUUGGAAUACUGAAUCAUCAAAGAUUCCCCACUCCGUGUGUACUGAACUCUGUCCUCCUGGGACCCGGAAGGGGAUUCGUCAAGGAGAACCCAUCUGCUGCUUUGACUGCAUUCCUUGUGCUGAAGGGCAUGUGUCACGGACGGCAGGCCAAAGGGAAUGUGAACGGUGUGGUGAAGACUAUUGGUCCAAUGCACAGAAGAGUGAGUGUGUUCUCAAAGAGGUGGAGUUCCUUGCUUAUGAUGAGGCCCUGGGAUUCACGCUGGUCAUUCUCUCCAUCUUUGGGGCACUUGUGGCCUUAGCAGUCAUGGUUGUGUAUGUGAUGUACAGGCACACUCCACUGGUGAAGGCCAAUGGCCGGGACCUGAGCUUUCUCAUUCAGGCUUCUCUUAUCAUUAUAGUGUUGUCAUCCAUACUUUUUGUUGGAAAGCCAUACGACUGGUCCUGCAUGGCUCGGCAGGUCACUCUGGCACUGGGCUUUUCUCUUUGCCUAGCUUGUAUUCUUGGGAAGACCAUUUCAUUAUUUUUAGCCUAUAGAAUUUCCAAGUCCAAAACUCGGCUUAUAUCCAUACGCCCCCUUUUUCUAAAAAUCAUUGUGCUGAUGUCUGUCUUAGCUGAGAUUGGCAUCUGCACAGCUUACUUGGUGUUGGAACCCCCAAGGGUAUACAAGAACAUGGAAUCUCAAAAUAUAAAGAUCAUUCUGGAGUGCAAUGAGGGCUCUAUAGAAUUUUUGUGCUCGAUGUUUGGGGUUGAUGUCUUCCUGGCCUUGCUUUGCUUUCUGACGACCUUUGUGGCUCGCCAGCUGCCAGAUAAUUACUAUGAAGGGAAAUGCAUCACGUUUGGGAUGCUUGUGUUUUUUAUUGUCUGGAUAUCUUUUGUCCCUGCUUAUUUGAGCACCAAAGGCAAAUUCAAAGUGGCUGUGGAAAUAUUUGCAAUCUUGGCAUCCAGCUAUGGUUUGUUGGGUUGUAUAUUUGCUCCCAAGUGCUUCAUUAUUCUGCUGAGGCCAAAGAGGAACACGGAUGACACUGUUGGUGGAAGGGUCCCCAUCAUAGACAGGAGUAUACAACUAACGUCAGCGUCUGUGAGCAGUGAGCUUAACAACACCACCGAGUCAACUGUUAUGGAUGACUGAGUUUGUAAGUCACGUAUGUCCUUUCAGGCUGCAAUGGUGACAUUUCCAACAUAUUUUUUCAAGUUGUCCCUCCAGCAGCUGCCUGCUACUCUGGGGUCAUCUUGAUGAUAGUAUUCUGGUGGUGUA